CAGAAAAGAUUAUGAAGGUCCUCAUUGUCGGCGCUGGUCUAGGGGGACUGGCUUGUGCAAUUGCCUGCCGCCGUGAAGGCAUCGACGUGGAGAUUCUUGAACGGUCACCAGAGAUCCGCGAAAUCGGAGCAGGCAUCCAAGUACCACCCAAUGGAACCAGAAUUAUGCGCGACUUUGGCCUUCUGCCCCAAAUGCUCGAGAAAGGAACGCAAGUUCAAGAAGUGCACUUCCGAAGAUACAAGGAUGGCCGCUUGUUGCGAACAAUGCUAUUUGGCGAUGAUAUUACGGAGCAAUUCGGGGCACCAUGGAUUGUUAUUCACCGCGUCGACUACCAUCGUAUUCUUUAUGAUGAAGCGAUUCGUCUUGGUGCGGUCCUUCGACUGGGAGCGGAGGUCACCAGUAUCUCUGUCGAGGAACAAACAGCUCUUCUCGCCGAUGGGACAAUGAUACGAGCAGAUGUUAUUAUCGGUGCUGAUGGCCAAAUGUCUUCGGUGAGAACGGCCGUUCUUGAAGUUCCCGUGUCUCCGACUCCCACGGGAGACAUGGCUUACCGAGCAACGUUUUCUAGGGAGCAGUUGGAGGCCCUGGGGGAUGACGAUGUUGAUGAACUCUGCCGCAAAAUUGCGGUGACCAGCUGGUUAGGUCCGGACAAGCACACGAUAUUCUAUCCUGUCCGCGGCGGGAAGGAGUUCAACCUUGUCCUUCUUCGUCCGGAUAAUUUAUCAACGGACGUCCGCAAGGAACAAGGCGAUAUUGAUGAAAUGCGGGAGAGCUAUGCGGAAUGGGACAAAACCUUACAGAAAAUGAUCUCUUGUGUGUCUUUGGUUUAUAAAUGGAAGCUGACCCAUCUUCCUGAACUUCAAUCAUGGACGAAGGGAUCCGUUGCGCUCCUUGGUGAUGCAUGCCAUCCCACCCUGCCUUAUCAAGCGCAAGGGGCUGCUAUGGCAGUCGAGGAUGGAGCCGUCAUUGGCAAGCUUCUUGGCUCCUUGCAAACUCAAAUUUUUAAGUCAAGCAGCUCUGAUGAGCGAUUUUUAUCAACGAGAUCUGCGACCCAGGAACUCACUGCCCAGGUGUUGGCUCUUUAUGAAAAGAACCGUAAAGAACGCACAACGCGAAAUGUUCAAGGGGCCAUCAAGAACCGACAGCUCUUUCAUAUGCAUGAUGGAAUUUUACAAAAGAUUCGAGAUUUCGUACUAGGAUACGCCGGGGUGACUUGGAAAAACGAUUGGACGUGGCUCUCUUCAUUCCGGCAGAGCCAAACUCUUGGCUUGGAUGUGCUGGAGGACUGUGGAAAGGCCUUUGAAGAUUGGAAAUUGUCAAUUGAACAGGCGACAUGAAUGUAAAAAUACUGGCUUUCAAGCAUUCCAAUCGUUGCGUUUCUCACAAGCACUCUGUUGAGGAACACGAAGACAUACAUACUCGGCCUGAUCAAGAGAUCGGUAGCAUUUGAAACUACUCGGGAGCUCUUGAAUCGCUCCAAACAGGAAAUCCGGGCGGUGCUCACGGACCUUGAAUUGUGAACAGGCAGACCAACCCCGGGGCUACGGGGGAUUUUGACGGCUCUAUUGGUGUUCUAAAGCCAGGUUCACAGAUUUCUAUGGGUCGUCUUGCGAAAAAUUACAUGAUUUGAAUGGAGACAGAAGAGACUAUAAACCAAUACCAGGUGAUAAAACCCAACAUUACUUCCAUAGCGAUACCUGGAAGAAGAUAUCUACAGAUUUAAGAUCGUUUCGAUGACUGGCAGUCUAUUGAUUCUCGCAAUUUUCAGUCUUUAUAUCACUCAGCAGUGUCAAUAUAUUUGUCUUUGUUUUGAGUCUCGCUCUUUUGACGAGUGCUAGAAGAGCGGAAGUAUAUAGCGCUGCAACUGCCUAAGCUGCCAGUUUAUCUCGGGGAGUCUAGGUGCCGGAUAACAUGCACUUGGUACACAAUCUCCAACAAUCAGCACAAUCGCCUUUAAUAUUUUGAUAGACUAGAUCAUGUCUCAAUCGACUAUAUCAUAUCAAGAUCGCCAGAUCAUGAUUCCAUAGGGGUCACGAUCAGCGUCACUGACAGAUACCUCCACGCUAGCAUCCUCGUAAACCUCCUCGCCCACCGCUGAAGGAGUAGCUCCACCCUGUUUCGCAGUGUCCUUGAUUGCCUGAAGAGCCGCUUGCCGAUCACUUUCCCAGCACUGCGACAACUCAUCCUGCAAUUUGCGCUGCAUAACCGCGCGGAUAUACCCACGCUCAGAGUUGGAGUGAGAAAGAGAGAUAACCACUGAUCCACGCUCGGUGGCAGCAAGAGCUUCGUGAUGGCUCAUCUCGCCAGUGAAAAGAAGGUCGGGGAUAUCACUUCCGCGGAGAAGAACACCGGAACCAGAGCCAGGGCACAUGCCAACGGUGCGAAUCCGGAUAUCGUCGAUAGACCGCCCUUGUGGGAUGGCAAUGGGAAUGCCUGCUUGCAGGCCGACGCCACGGCCGAUGUGGUCGAUCAAGGUGGUGAGAGGCUGGGCCUCGUUAAACGUGACUAGACGGCCGGCGCCGGCAGACUCAAAGCCUUCCGGGAUGGAAGCUGGGGGUGAUGGGUGAAUGGUGGAUCGGGUGUGAGGCAGUUGCUGAGAGGUGCUUGAUGAACCCGUAGUUGGAAUGGACUGGGGCUGCGGGUAGGUAGGUGCGGAGUAUAGUUUCGAUGAGCAUUCUUUGAUAGAAGGCUUCAGCUCGGCUGUGGAUGACUGAUGACUGCCGGUCACGACAUCGCACAGCCAGUCGGCCAUUCCCCCAGGAACGGUAUCAACUGCCGUGUGUGGUGAGUAGACACUGAUACCAUGCUGAGCCAGACGGAGGAGAGACCGCUGCUGGGUGUCAUCAAGAGUGAUGGACUUGAGUCCACGGAAAAUAAUAGGGUCUGUUGGGAGUUAACAAUUGACA